AUGCCGUUUUUGCAUUUCAUCGACUGCUUGAAGGGGCAUGCUGCUGGCGAGAUGACUUGCUACUGGGUUUGCACCUUUGCCAACAACCAGUGGAAAGUGUCCGAGGAGCUGGGAGAUCAAGUGCAGGACUCUUCCUUUUACUUGGCCUUACACGGACAGACUUGCCGAGGCACUCUCUUCAUUUUAGACGAGAAGGCUUUGCCUUUGACCCGGUCGUGGUGUCUCUUCGAGCUCUACCAGUCUGCACUCCUGACUGAGCAAAGGACCGGUGCCACCGGUAGCACCGGUACCGCCUUUCAAGGGAUUUUGUUGGGGACGGCUUCCGGAGUCAUGAACUAUGGCCAGAGCAGUGCAGACUUGGCCCUAAAGAUUUGCCGCACUCUCUCCACGAUGAAACUCGAGGAUGCGACGGCCAGCUGCGAGAAGGAUAAGCGGAUGAUCGAUGAGGCAGUGUCCGAUCAUCCCGGAGGCUUUCAUGCCGUGAACGCAUUUCUCAUCGAUGCGGUGAAGAAUGCCCUGCAGCAGACGGAGACCCGUUUCCGGGAGGACUUUGCUCAGCUCCAGCAGGACUUGUCGGAAGCUUGGCCGGAGGAAUCAUUGGAGUCGCAGGACUCGUUGGUCGAAGCGCCGAGCACUACAGUGCUCGCUCGAUUCCUCCGUUCUGUGUGGAAGGACGAAUGA